AUGUCUAUCUAUGGGAAAGUGCCAGUUUUCGAUUGCAAAACAGAUGAGUGGGUGGUACACGUAGCACAACUAAACAACUUCUUUAUUGCAAAUGGAAUCGACGAUAUCACAGAUGCUCAAAGAGUGAGAAGACGGGCAAUUUUAUUGAAUAGCAUGUCACAAGACUCAUAUCGCCUUACUCGUGAUUUAUUGUAUCCAAAUACGCCUGAAUCAACCGAUUACAAGGCGAUUAUUGCUGCGCUUGACGGCCACUUCGACCCAAAAAAGUGUAUAUACGCUGAAAGACAAAAGUUUUAUUCGGCUAAAAAGGACCCUCACGAGUCGAUGGUGGAGUAUGCUGCUCGUCUUCGUGGACUAGCAUCGGCAUGUUGUUUUGGUACAGCUCUAGAGAUGUGUUUGACGGACCGUUUUGUACUUGGUCUUGACACUGCGUCGGCCCGCGAAAAAUUAUUUAGAGAAGAUCCCAAUCAGCUAAAACUAAAUAAGGCACUUGAAGUAGCUUGUGCAGUUGAAAGUGCGCAGCGUAUUGUUUCCGCUGGCGAUUCGGCGGAGUUAAUUAAGUCUGAACCUGUGCUAUAUACGGACUCGCGGCGAAAAGCUACUGCAAGCGGCGGUACACGAGGCGGUCGCGCCCGUGGUGGCGGCGACGGCGGAGCCCCCAGGUGUAGUGUGUGUGGUGCGAGGUCACACGAUACCUCCGUAUGUGGCUAUCGUCAUCUGUCGUGCAAUUUGUGUGGUGCAAAAGGGCAUUUAAAAAGAAUGUGUUCUAAGAGAUACUACGUACAUAACGAGAUUACAACCAAAAAGGACAAAAUUGUGAAAAAGCAGCAUAAUGGUAUGCAGAAUAAUUACAUUUUGGAAGGUAGUGAUAGGGACGAAUGUAAUGAUUUUUCACCAAUUAAUAAUGUUAGAGAUAUAAAUAAUGAAUCACGUAUUAAUACUAUUUUAUGUAAGGAAGAAAAACCGAUAUCUCUUGAAGUUAUAGUGCGAGGUGUUACUCUUAGUAUGGAGGUUGAUUCCGGUAGUGGGGUAUCAGCGCUGCCGGCGCGCAUAUGGUAUAUGUAUUUCUCGCGAAACUUGUCACUCGGUGAGUCCAAUAAAACUUUAUAUACAUACAGUGGUUCUGCUUUAAGGCUAUUGGGCAUGUGUUACUUACCAGUCACAUAUAAUAAUGUAACGCAUAAUAUAAAAUUUUAUGUUGUUGAAAAUGGCCCGGUUCCCUUGCUCGGUAGGGACUUUAUGACAAAAUUUAAUUUCGCUUUUAUCUCAUUAAAUUAUUGUUCAGUAGAUAAAGAAAAAUUUAUUUUGUCGAAAUAUAAAACAUUAUUUUCUGGUGGGUUGGGCACGUUCAAUAAGUAUAAGUUAACGCUACACUUAAAAGAAGGUGUCACACCAAAAUUUUUUAAAGCUAGGCCGGUGCCUUUUGCGCUCAAAAAUAAGGUAAGCGCAGAGUUGGACCGAUUAGUGCGCGCUGGCAUACUCAAACCGGUUUCUUAUUCUAAUUACGCGUCACCGAUUGUUGCAGUAUUAAAGAAAAAUAAUGACGUACGUAUUUUCGGCGAUUAUUCUAUGACGAUCAAUAAGGCCCUAAUAAUUGACUCUUAUCCAUUGCCCAAAAUAAGUGAGUUAUGUGCAUCGUUACACGAUUGUCGUUACUUUAGUAGGCUUGAUUUAUCAAAUAGUUAUAAUCAGUUCCUUCUAGAUGAUGAGUCACAAAAGUAUACAUGUAUCAAUACGCAUAAAGGUCUUUUUGUGUAUACAAGAUUAGUGUUCGGUUUGUCAAAUGCGCCAGCUUUGUUUCAGCGUGCUAUGGUGCAACUGCUGCAGGGCAUAGAUGGCGUGGAGUGUUUCCUCGACGACUUGUUAAUCGCGGCUCCGACCGCCGAAUUACAUUGGGAACGUGUCGAUUUGGUACUAAGUCGUCUAAGAGACGCCGGGCUAAUGCUCCAGCGCUCGAAAUGUUCAUUCUUCCAAAAUAAAAUAGAAUAUUUGGGUUUUGUUAUUGAUCGUUUUGGCCUUCAUAAAAAUCCGGAUAAAAUAAAGGCUAUUACACAAGCAAGGGUGCCAGGAAACGUCUGA